AUGGUUGGAGUAACCGGCUCAAGUCUCCGCUCCGUAGAGAAGUGUCAUCAGGACGACAGCCUUGUAUAUCUCCAAUUUGUUAUUCAGUUGGAGGCCGUAACGAUUCUACACGGAGUUCUGCAGCCGGUCGAGGGCCUGGCUGUGUUUGGGGAUCCGAUCGACAACCCCAUCGUCGAUUCUGGUGCUGUUAGAAAGUGUUCUUUCGAGAUAGGCAAAAGCAUCCACGGUCCCGAGUUGGUUGCCGAAGGAGUACAGUGUUGCGUGUUGAGUGAAGGUUAGUGCAUGACCACCGUUUUGUCCCGGUUUAUAGUCAGGCCGAAGUUGGCGCAUCCGGCCUGUAAAAGCGCGCUCGUAUGCGGGAGUCCUUGUUGCAAGAUAUGACAGACAUUUCCCACUGUCGAGACGGCGUUUCUGAGUUGCUUAUCUCACCAUAUCUGGAUGCGCCUGGCGUCAAGUAAACCGUCGAAGGCACCGACACUCUUCAUCAUCUCCCUUCUCCCUAUCUCCCUUAGGUUGCAUCCUACAGUUCACCCUGCCUUUUGAGCCAUGGGAGUGCCUGCUUACAAAUUUGGAGUCAUUGUCUAUUCUUAUCCCCCCCCCUCCGUUUGUCUGCCUUCACUGCAGCGCCGUUAUUGCCUCCGCGGUCAGUACAGUCUGCCAACAGGUGAAGGUCCUCUCAGAUUUUCUCGUUGAGAUCAUCCGUUUUGGUGGGCAGUGCGAAAAUGCGGACUCAGCAAAGCCAACUCUGCCCUAUACGCCCUCCGCAGUGAGUUUCAGUCCCCGUCCAUUUCCGCUUCAUGUAGUCGCCUCGACCCUGCCCGCUUUACUCAAUCUUGGAAGCCUUAUGCUCUAGCCCAAGUCUCUGCAAAUUAUGAUUUGCGAGCUUGGGGUCGCUAGUGAGCUGGCCUAACCAUUCCCGAUGUUCGGUAUGAGUGAAUUUUCGCGCAAAUAACAACUGGCAUGUCCUUGCCAUUUUGAAUAGUUGGCUUCCCACACCAUGCCCGCAAAAUUAAGCCAAGGUAUCAAUACGCACCGUCACUCAUUUGCCCUGGAGUCUGUACUGGCAUCACGAGGCUAAAAAUAAUCCCUGAAAGUUCACACACACAAGUUCGCCCUCGGAAGCCGUCCCAAAUUUACAUCUUGCGACUAUAUCCCCUAAACAGCGUCGUGAUUGGGUACUUAUCGCUUUUCGUGUGCCAGCAAACUGCCUUCAGAGAUAAAUGAUAUUCGAUCGAGGAUGCGAGCGCCCGACCACACUUGGGGUGUAUUGAGGCCCCUGAUCAAUCAAAUGCAUCGUGAUCGUGUCAUAUAUCUACAGGAAACCCGCGUACCACGUAUCCAGCCUUCUAGUCGUGCAUUACCUAUGUUUGGAGCAAAUACGGGAAUUUUCGUUUUUUUAAAAAAAGCACCACUUCGUUUUGCGGGCGUAAGCAUGCUAUUCCCCUCUAGACUCAAUAUGAUCAAUCAUUAUUUACAUGAUCCUGUAAUGCCCCUUAAGCAAUAAAUGUGAAUAGCCUGACUACUGUUUAUCUUUUGCGACCAAUCGGAUGUGGCCGACUGCGAUUCCCGAAAAACUUAGAACGCAGGAUCGAACCCCCCCCUCUCCCAUAUCCAUGACUUUUUAUUCUUGUAUUUUCCAACCGAUUUUGACAUCCUCUCCUCCUCCCACCCCAUGUUCUUCAGGUACUUCAAGGUCUCCUAACCUUCUGUAUCAAAUAUCGCGUCAUUUCGCUCGACCGAAUCUUGCUCUCUCUGGUAUGGUAUACGUCAAAGACGUUUGUUUUGUAUUGCCUCACACACCCUUUGCCGCAACCCUUGUCAGUUCUAAAGUAAAUCAUCUUUUUUUUCCAUUUGCAGCUAAUGCGCUCCUGCCAGUCACCAGUGGAGAUAGCCGCUGUGCACAGUGUAUUCUUUUUCGUCUUUUCACAAUCCUCCGAACUGCGGCUGGCCAUUAAAAAGAUCUCUGAAGUUGUAAGUGUCUUCCACCAAACACAAUCCGUAAAAAAAUAUUCCUCUUGCCCUGCGCCUUGUUUUCACCCUUUUUGAAGUUUCUUGUAGUUCCUUCAUAUGGUUUGUCAAACCUGCCACCCUAUAUGCCAGCGAAAACGUCCUUUACAAUUCCCUGGGUCUCCUUUCUUCCUUCUGUGUGAAAUUUCGAGUUGUGAUAGCUACUCACCACCUCUUUAAGCCCUUUUCAGUAGUCACGAGCAACUUAUGGAAAAUUGCGCUCUUUCAUCUGCAUACGCAAAUGAGACUGUUGACCUUCUAUGCUGACGAUUUUCAGGGAUCCGCCCGCCCGCCCACUUCCGACAAUGCCGAUGUGGAUGGCGCCAAACGCCGUUCGCUCCCCUGUCCGAGUUUGAUUUCUUCCAGUCGUUGGCAAGACUUGCUCAACUUCCUCCAUUCCAUCAUUCCUGAGCAGUCUGUACAAUUGCCUGGUAUGGAUGAACCCGAAAUCAGGCAGCCGCGGAUGCCGGUUUACUUUGACCACCUUCUCCUCCGUCUGCUGCCCAUCCUGGAGAUAUUCUUCACCUCCUGUCUGGACAAUCCACCGCCUCUCCUACAACUGGCACGCUUUUGCAACAUCGUUUCGCCUCUCAUGCUCCUGCAUCGUAAGUAGCGCUGACUUCCCUACGCACCUACUCGGUGCCGUUGGGGGGGGGGGAGGGGGAGGUUGGCACCAAUGUCAUGGCUGCUGUUUUUGUUUCAGAUCGCCCGGUCAAUCUCUCCUUCAUCCUUCUUCGCGGCCAAUUCCAACAAUUUGGCAGCCCUAUUCCCAUCAAUGCAACCCUCCCGAAGGUUCUUUCCUUUCGCAAGUCAAACCUCGUAGACAAGGUCUGCUGCCAACUGAUUAUCCGCACUCUCUUACACGAGCAUCAGCAGUUGGCUGUUUGCACCAAUCGCACGUUGCGACGCGACUGUGCGAUGCGCUUUGCAGACUUGGGUGUCUCGGGUCUCUUCUCGCCGCCCGCUUGGAACCACCUGGAAUCGGUGUUCAAUAAGGCUGUGGCCAAGGCGGAGGCCGCGUUCCCAUCGCCGACCUACUCUGACGCUGAUAUCGCUGCCUGUCUACGCACCACUGCCCAGGUCACAGAGCAGGAGCUUCAUCUGGCCCAGGAAAUCGAUCAGUCCGCCGGGGCCUGGCAUCCCACCGCGGAGUACAUGUUUGCUCUUUUGUCUCCCAUUGUCGCCAGUGAGUACCGCCCUCUUGUUCUUUAA